AUGAACUCGAUCAGGCUCGUGCUGGCUGUGGUGGUGGCGAAGGGAUACGUGACCGAACAGAUGGAUGCAGACACGGCGUUUCUAACAGUGAUUUUAAAGAAGAGGUACAAGGCAAUUUACGGACUCAAACAAGCUGCGAGUGCCUGGAACAAGACUAUCCAUGCUGUGUUCCUGAAAAUUGGUUUUCAAAGCAGUGGAGCAGAUCAGUGCGUCUAUGUCAAGGUCAACAAUGGCAGAUUCGUCUAUGUGUGUCUUUACGUCGACGACAUGAUCAUCGCUGCCAAGACCAGUAGAGAGAUCCAGGAAUUCAAGACAGCACUGAAAAAUUCGUUUAAGAUGAAGGAGCUCGGUGAGGUCAAGUUUAUUCUAGGUACGGAGAUCGAUCAUGAUCGUAACGGUAGUACGCUGAUGAUUCGUCAGACUCGCUAUAUCGAGGACGUGGUCUGCCGGUUAAACCAAGAUGAAGCCAAGGCAGUUGUCAACCCAUGCGAGUCUGGAUUGAAGCUAUCAAAGGUACAAUCACCAGCUACGGACGCUGAAAGAGAAGAAAUGCAGUCGAAGCCGUACAGGUCGUUGAUUGGAUGUCUGCUAUACAUCACAACAUGUACGCGACCUGAUGCUGCCAUUCGUGUUCUUCGAUAUCUCAAGACUACAAGAGACUACGGCAUAAUCUACGAUGGCAGCGCAAGCGAGGUCCAAGCAACAGCAUACACGGACGCGGACUGGGGAAGCAACAUCGACGAUCGACGCUCGGUUUCAGGCAUAAUGGUGAUGGUUGGUGGCGCACCAGUCGUGUUCAAGUCCAAGUACCAGCGCACUGUGGCAUUGAGAUCGGCAGAGGCGGAGUACAUGGCCUUAAGCUUUUGUACCCAGGAAGUACUGUGGGUCCGCGCGAUGCUCAAGGAUCUCGGUCAUGAGCAAGUGGGAGCGACUUUGGUCUAUGAAGAUAAUCAAGGUGCGAUUGGGCUUGCAAGCAACUCAGGAUACAAAGCCAGGACCAAGCACGUCGACAUCCGUCACCACUUCAUCCGAGAGAAUGUGGCUCAAGACAUUAUUGUGGUCAAGUACAAGUCAACGGUGGACCAGCUGGGAGACAUGUUGACCAAGGCACUCGGGACGAAGCGACUUAAGUACUUGCUCCAAGCAAGUGGAAUCAGACCAAGGCGCAGUCAGCAUAAGCGGUGA